CAGAGAGAGAGUCGGUUGGAGCAUGAGCAUGUGUGUGAGAAAGUCAAAGAGCUAGAUACAGAGAGCAAGAGAGAUAUUUCAUGAAAUAUUAAGAACAGAAAACACCAUUUUGGUGAGUACCACUGUGGAGCAAAGAAAGGUAGAAGAAGAGAGGUGAAGAAGAGCCUGUGUGGGUGGAACUUACGGUUAGUGGGGUAAUGUGUGUCCUGGCUCUCAUCACAAUCUGCUGUCUUCUGUCUACAAAUACCUACACUGCUUGGACACACUGAGGUAUUUCGAAACUAAGAUGAUACAGGAACUAAACUGGAACUUGCCUGGGACCUAACCGGGACUACACUUGAAGUGGACUGCUGCUACAUACCAUCUCUCAACCAAGGCUUUUCCUCCUUUGGUCACCACCGUACUCGUGAACACUUACAGCCAUGAGGGACACUCUAGACUGCCAUACACCUGGACACAUCUGAAAACACACAAACGGACCACUGACCAGAGGCCUAACCACACAGGGCCCUCUAUUUCUUUCUACCCCGAAGCCUAUCUAUUAGCCAAGUUCUUGAUUGACACCUGCCUGGACCAGUGGCUGGACCCAGUCGGGUGGAGGGAGGAUGAAUGUAUCCAAUCAGAGCUGUGGAAACAGUGAUGACCUGCAGAUCUACCAGCACCGGGUAUAUGCCAUCAUCUACAGUGUGAUCCUGGUGCCGGGACUGCUUGGGAAUGUGCUGGCGUUGUGGGUGUUCCAGUCCUACAUCAGAGAGACAAAGAGAGCCGUGGUCUUCAUGAUGAACCUGGCUGUAGCAGACCUCCUGCAGGUGUUGUCCCUCCCACUGAGGAUCUACUACUACCUGAUCCACUCCUGGCCCUUCGGCCACUCUGUCUGCAUGCUCUGCUUCUACCUCAAGUACGUCAACAUGUACGCCUCCAUCUUCUUCCUGGUGUGCGUGAGCGUGCGCCGCUGCGAGCUGAUCAUCCGGCCGCUCCACUACACGUCGUCCAGGCGCAGGAGCGACCUCUGCGUGAGCGCUGCCGGCUGGCUGCUCGUCUGUCUGGGCUGCCUGCCGUUCCCCCUGCUGCGCAACGCUGGCCGGACGCCCGAGCCCACGGCCCCGAGCCCCGCCCCUAGCCCCGCCCCCGACACGGCGUGUUUCUCCGAGCUCCCCAUGGUGCACAUCAGCGUGCCCGCCGGCUGGGCGCUCAUGGCCGGAGCGGAGCUGGUGGGCUUCGUCCUCCCCCUGGUCCUAGUGCUUGCCUGCGCCUGCCUGGUGGCCCGGAGCCUGCGGGAGGUGGGCGAGGGGGUGCAGGACCGGGGGGAGAAGCGGCGGGCCCUGAGGAUGGUGAUGAGCUGUGCCCUCGUCUUCCUCCUCUGCUUCGCCCCCUACCACAUCACCAUGCCCCUGGACUUCCUGGCCAAGGCCGACGCGCUGGGCAGUUGUGCCCUGAGGGAGCUGGUGCUGCGAUGCCACCCUGUCACCCUGUGUCUGGCCAGCCUGAACUCAGGCCUGGACCCCAUCAUGUACUACUUCACCACAGAUGAGUUCAAGAGACGGCUGAGUCGGCCGGAGAUCCCGGAGAGCUUCUCUCUGGGGCAGAGACCGUCCUGCACCCCUGCAGAGACUAAGUUCUUACCCUCACAUGAAGGACCAGAGGACUGAAAUCAAACAAGCAGCUCUCAAGUUCAGGUCUGACCUCCAACCUCUGUCAAUCUGAGAACUCAAUCUUGAGUCAAUUUGAGCACCUUAAACCUGGGUUGUCUUUAGGGCACAUUUCAGGAUCGGGAGACUGAAAGGUUCAACGGAUAACCUGUAAUCCAGUCUAGGAACUUCUCUUCAGUGAGGACUAAGUUUUAUGAUAGACAAUAACUCAUAUAUAUAGUCAAAACACAUUCCAUUAUGGAAAGGUUUUGAUUAGUUAAGGGUCAUGCCUAUUGUUCCCAUCACUGUUGGCAGCUAACUGAAAAACGUUUAUGAAAAAAACGUGUUUCUCAAGUUCCCUCAUGCUGCUGUAGAUGUAUGAUCUGAUAAGACAAUGUGAGAAGUGAAAUCAAAAAAGUACAUGCAUCGCUGUUUCCAUGUGGUUCAACACCUUGGUACAAGUGUGUGUGUGUGUGUGUGUUGAGGUGUAAACUGUUCCACCCAUCUGCUGAACUUAAAAGUUCCAUGCAACACAAAAACAACAGGUGUUGCAGUGGUAGGUAGGUAACGAAAUUCAUCUUUAUUUGACAACAACCAAAUACAAAGUGAGCGUCACUCUAACAACAUUGCCAUAGUACUCUCUACUCGUUGUUCAAGACAGACAUCUCCCAGUGCUUGUGUAUCUGAACCACACACACAUAGUACAGACCUUCACACACACUUCCUGUCUCCUGUCUGAUUGUCUCUCUAAGCGACAGCGAUUAGUUAACUAAAAGGGAUCUAUACAAACACAAAUACUGUAUUUUUGUAGGACACUAAGCUGACACUACUUAAGGGAACAACACCACAACCAGAUAGAAAACAAUCAACCACAGCAUGGGGGGGGGGGGAGACCCCAGGGGAGCAGCAGGGCACUCUGGGUAAUGUCUACAGCAGGAUUACUAAGGGGUCAGCAAAAUGUAACUAUAUGUUGGUCUUAGUUUGGUUAGGAGUGCAACAUCUCAACAGCCUCUAUGAGUUAACAAGGUAAACAGCAGUCCAACACAGACAGGCAUGUUUGAUAUGAAUUACUUGACAACAUUGCAGGGACUUAGUACAACCGGGUAACAGCUUGUCCCUGUACUGUUGAGCAACAGUACAUCAUAAACUCUUGUGGCUGAGGGGGAUGACUCUAAACAACGCACAUGAGAGGUCAUGUUACAGUAUCCACACAAACAGAAAUACAGCAGAGACAUUCGUUUUACAUCAGUUAGCGAGAUGAGAAAGGGGACAAAUAUUUACUCAGUAAUAACUUAGUACUAACUCAAUAUUAACUCAAAAUGAUCUACCUCAGUACUAACUCAGUUAGUAGUUUAGGAACCAGAGGGGGCAGGGGUUAUUAGGACCCUCUAGGGGUUAAAGGUGAUGACAGUAUAUGGAAAGAACAAGAGGGGGUGGGCCAUAAAGCUGCACAGUAACUUGUAGGAUAAUCACUGUUCACAGGAACAAAAG